GUUUUAAUUACCAUUGCCGCAGACUAUUUAAUGCUGCACUUCAGUUGAGAGUGUAUUACAACGUCUUGAAACGCAAAAGAAAAAUGAAGUCCAUCUGCCCGCUUUUGGUUUUGCAAGUUUUGAUUUUGCUUUUAAGCUCAGCGAAUUCUCUAAGCAACGAUGCAGUAAAUAAUAUUGAUAAACGAAGUAAUCCAGUUAAACGAAGCACUGCUGACUGUGGCGUUCAUGAAUUUUUCAACUCUUGUGGUCCAACAUGUGAGAGGAACUGUGACGAUAUUAACAAUGACGACAGAUUCGGCGAGCGCUGUACCGGAAAGCUGGAUUGUGUCGAGAAGUGCGUCUGCAAGGAAGGCUACGUUCGUGAAAAUCUAGAUGGAAAAUGCAUACGCAUUCAGGAAUGCCCUCGAGUGAAGCAUUAAAGCUUGAUAAUAUUACAACUUUAUCUAAUUUUGUAUUAAUUAUAUAGUAGUCUGCACUCGUGUGAAUAAAAUUAAAAUAUCGUAAUUUAAAGUC